CGUGCAUAGAAAACUUAUCUCUAGUAAUAUCGUAAGUGAGUCCAAAGAGUCGCUUUUAGUUCAUUUUAAAAACUUGAAAUCAUAGCCGGCUAAUAACGCCGGCCACCAUCUCCGGCGCUCUCUCACGGCUGAUUGCCGAUUUUCUCUAAACCCUAAAUUCGAAAUCUUCCCCUUUUCAUCCAUUACGACCGAUUAACUCUCAUUUCCGGCAACAUUUUUCCGCAAUUCAUAGAUUCGUGUUGAAUGUGUCGCAUUGCAUGUAAUUUCGGGUAAUUGUAGUGAAAGUGGUGCAAUGGCGGCGAAACAAAUGGAGGAGAUACAGAAGAAGCUGGCAAUGUUGAAUUAUCCAAGAGCUAAUGCUCCUGCUCAGUCUUUGCUGUUUGCUGGAAUGGAGCGUUACGCCCUUCUUGAGUGGCUAUUCUUCAGGUUGUUGGGUGACAAGUCACCCUACUCUCAGCAAAAUCUGCAAGGAGAUGGUGUAGACCGUGACGAAGAGACUUCUCGCAUCCAAUACUUGGCAGAAAUCGCUAAAUUUCUUGGCAUAACAACCACUGUGGAUACAGAAGUCAUUCAAGGACGUGGAAGUUAUGAAGACCGCACAGAAAUGCUUAGACUCAUUGUUGAUCUUGUUGAGGCCAGCAUAUGUGCUGAUAAUCCCGACUGGAGUGUUGAUGAGCAGGUGACAAAGGACAUACAACUAAUUGAUGCCAUUGCAGAAAAGCAAGCACAAAUUUUCUCGGAAGAGUGCAAAUUGUUUCCUGCAGAUGUGCAGAUACAGUCCAUAUAUCCCUUGCCAGAAAUUGCUGAUCUGGAAUCAAAGCUGUCAGAACUGUCAAAAAAACUCCUGACUCUCCAACAAAACGUUGAUGACUUGGCAUCAAAGCAUGCUUAUAAUCCGGAUGAAGAUUAUGCAGAAGUAGAAACAAAGCUGCGUUCUCAUUUGGAGUCUUUUCUGGAAACAGCCAGAUCCUUCAAUGUGAUUUACACAAAGGAGAUACGCCCGUGGACUCACAUGAUGGAGGUACCUCAGCUUCAUGGUUUUGGUCCUGCAGCAAAUAGGUUACUAGAGGCUUACAAAAUGCUGUUGAAGUUCCUGGGAAAUCUAAGGAACCUUCGAGAUUCACAUGAUGCAGUAAAGGCUGGUUCAUCCGAGACAGUUGGUGGUGAGCCUUCCUCUGUCGUAAGAAUAAUAUCCGAGUGUGAGUCAUCUCUCACACUGUUAAAUCGAGAUCUUGGUAUACUUUCAGCCUCUAUUGCUCGUGAACGGGGUGAACUAACUUCAUAGCCUCCCCAAUAACAUUCAUAUACUGCUGUAUUCACGAGAUCAUUGUUUUGUAUAGUGUGGUGUAGUUUUGAGUGUUCAAAUCUGUUUUAUCGCAAAAUUGUAGUGUAAUAGAAUUUUCUUGUUAAAUCAAAUUGAUCUUGAGGCCCCUUCUACCUUGUAUUGUAUAAUUUGUAUCCGCAAAAUGAACUUGUAUGGCUGUAUAUGAAUGUUAGACCUUUUGGCA